ACUUCCCAAGGCCGGCCUCGCUGACAGCUCCCCCAGAGUUGCCUGCCUGCACAGCUUCUCUGCUCUGAGAACCUCCUCCCGUGGCUUCAUCCCUCCAGAGUGCCGUAGAGGUGCCACGUGACCUACGAGCGUGUGCUCCGUGGCCACUGAUGCGGGCUCCUGGAGGGGGGGCGGGGCGGCUGCGGUGUGACGUAGAAUUGGCGCGCCGACUCCAGCAGGGCCUGCCUCACUGGGUCUCCACGCCGGUUUGUCCUGCAGGGCACGUGUGCUGCUGAAUGGAGCUGGUCGCUGGCAGCUACGAGCAGAUCCUGUUUGGGUUCGCAGUGCACCGCGAGCCCGCGACGAGUGGCGACCGGGAGACAUGGACUCCUGUGGCUGACUUCACGCACCAUGCCCACACUGCGUCCCUGUCUGCCGUGGCAGCAAACAGUCGCUUUGUGGUCACUGGGAGCAAAGAUGAAACGAUUCACAUUUAUGACAUGAAAAAGAAGAUAGAGCAUGGGGCUCUGGUGCAUCACAGUGGCACAAUAACUUGCCUGAAAUUCCAUGGCAGCCGGCACUUACUCAGUGGCGCAGAAGAUGGACUCAUCUGUGUCUGGGAUGCAAAGAAGUGGGAAUGCCUAAAGUCCAUUAAAGCUCACAAAGGACAUGUGACUUUCCUUUCCAUCCACCCAUCUGGCAAGUUGGCUCUGUCUGUUGGUACCGAUAAGACCUUAAGAACUUGGAAUCUUGUAGAGGGAAGAUCAGCUUUCAUAAAAAAUAUAAAGCAAAAUGCGCACAUAGUGGAGUGGUCUCCCGGCGGAGACAAGUACAUAGUCGUCCUGCUGGAUAAAGUGGAUGUCUACCGGCUGGACACGGCGUCUGUGAGCGGCACCCUCACAAACGGAAAGAGGAUCUCCUCCGUUACGUUCCUUUCAGACUCUGUCCUUGCAGUGGCCGGUGAUGAAGAAGUUGUAAGGUUUUUUGAUUGUGAUUCACUAGUGUGCCUUUGUGAAUUUAAAGCUCAUGAAAACAGGGUAAAAGACGUGUUCAGUUUUGAAAUUCCAGAUCAUCAUGUUCUUGUCACAGCAUCAAAUGAUGGCUUCAUCAAAAUGUGGACGCUUAAGCAGGAUAAGAAAGAUCCCCCAUCUUUGCUGUGUGAGGUGAACACUGGUGCCAGGCUAACGUGUCUUGGAGUGUGGUUAGACACGACGACAAAUGAAAAAGCGAGCCUUCCUCCAGCAGCAGAGCCCUCCCCCGAACAACCUAAAACAAUCAAAAAGGACUCUGGUGACGUAAUUCAGGAAGAAGAAACAUCAGAACUUAACUCAAAGGAAUCUGAUUUAACUGGUGACAGCAAGAAGCCAACAAAAGGAAACAGCCCAGCAACAACCAGGAAGAGGAAAAGGAUAAACAUGUUGGACAAGAAGAGAAAGAAGAAAAUGUAGCUUGUGGGAAAUCCCAGGUUUUUCCUCCCCAAGAGAAUGUCUUUUUGACAGAAUUCUUUUCAAAUAUUAUACCUAACUUUCCCACAUGAGAAACUAAAGAAUUUCUCCUUCUGGAGAAAAUGUGCAGCUUAAAAAAAGAACCACUUUUAGGUGGUGCUUUGUUUUUUCAAUGGUAAAAUUAUUUUGGCAGAUGGCAUUUUAUUAUAUAUUAUAGUAUAUAGUAAUUGUAAUGUAUGUAUACUUUUUACUGUUCAAAAUAAGUAAAGAUCUGAAAAUAUUG